AUGUCGACCACCCCCGCCCCAGGCGAGCUGCCCUCUCGCUUCGGUUCAUUCGGAGGCGCCUACGUCCCGGACGUACUCGUCAACUGUCUUUCAGAGCUCGAGGAUGCGUUUGUCAAAGCCAAGGACGACCCAGAUUUCUGGAAGGAGUUUCAGAGCCUGUAUGGGUACAUGAACAGGCCGAGCGAGCUCUAUCUUGCGGAGAGACUGACUGAGGAGCUUGGCGGUGCCAAUAUCUGGCUCAAGCGAGAAGACCUCAACCACACCGGUUCCCACAAGAUCAACAACGCCGUCGGCCAAAUCCUCCUCGCCAGUCGUCUUGGAAAGACCCGUAUCAUCGCCGAAACCGGUGCUGGUCAACACGGCGUUGCCACCGCCACUGUCUGCGCCAAGUUCGGCCUCAAGUGCGACAUCUACAUGGGCGCAGAAGACGUCCGCCGCCAAGAGCUCAACGUCUUCAGAAUCAAGAUGCUCGGCGCCAACGUCAUCCCCGUCACUUCUGGUACACAGACUUUGAAGGAUGCGGUGGACGAGUUGAUGAAUGACUGGGUGGAGAGCAAGGAUACUACGCACUGCCUGAUUGGGUCUGCUGUUGGGCCUCAUCCUUUCCCGACUAUCGUACGCGAGUUUCAGAGGGUGAUUGGGCGUGAGAUCAAGAGCCAGUUUCAUGAGAAGACGGGCAAGUUGCCAGAUGCUGUCGUGGCAUGUGUUGGUGGUGGUUCCAAUGCGAUCGGGGCGUUUAACGAUUUCCUCGAGGAUGAGAGCGUAAAGUUGGUCGGUGUGGAGGGCGGUGGUCAUGGCGUCAAUACCGACCGCCACGCUGCAACCCUCACGACCGGCAUCCCAGGUGUCCUCCACGGCGCCGCCUCCUACAUCAUCGAAUCCUCCCCCGGCCAACUCUUCCACACCCACUCCAUCUCUGCCGGGCUCAACUACAACUCUGUCGGUCCCCAGCACGCGUACCUCAAAGACACUGGUAGGGUCGAGUAUGUCGUUGCCGACGAUGUGCAGUGCCUGAAGGCGUUCAAGAUGUGCACCCAGCUGGAGGGGAUCAUCCCGGCUUUGGAGAGCUCGCAUGCGCUUUGGGGAGGGUUCGAGCUGGCCAAGACUUUGCCCAAGGACAGAAAUGUCGUCAUCAAUCUGAGCGGUAACGGCUCCAAGGACGUUGCGGAGGUACUUUUGACUCUCAAGAACAAGGAGUUUGCAGACAAACUCGAUUGGCAUGUGGCGCAGUAG